CUUUCCAUGGCCACAUAAUUGUUGGAAUUCUCGCGACGCACCGAAGGUCCGACGGCGAAGGCCCGCCCACCAGACAACAAAAGGUCGCACGGAAAAGCCGGGCCCCCUCGUCAUCGCUGCCACCACGUCCUCCGCAUCCCUCCGCCAGCCUCUCCCCUAAAAAGUUAAGCGAGACGCAAUCGGUCCUCAUCACCUAGUCGUCCACCUCCUGUCAAGAUUGCCUGGUUCACCAUGUCCGAGUCCCUCGACGAACAGGCGGUGCCAGCAAAGCCCGUGAUAACCGCCCCGCCAAGAACGACCAGCAAAGCAAUCUCAAAGCCAGCCAAGCCAACCACCAUCGCCAAGCCGCUAGCCCACACGUCCAGCAAGCCCACCCGAGGCUCGAUAGAUUUCAGCCAACUCCUCACCGACCUCGACAAGGAAAUCAAACAUACCAAGACACAGUCUCUCCUCAUACCACCUUCCCACUUCUCCCACCGCCGCCAAAGGUCGGACUCUAGCGCUGUCGAGUUCGGCCCGCCGGCUGUGGCCGCCAACGUUGCGUCUUUGGACCGCGUCGUGUCGCUUAGGUCACGCUCGAUCGCAGCAGCCUCGCCGCCCUCGACGACGUCGGGAAAGAGCUUCCGUGGCCAAUCCUCUCAAGGAGGGUCCGAGCAGCCAAAAAAGGUACGGUGGAGCGACGACCUCACCUUACCGUCCCCACCACCCCCCAAACGCGCCGAUUCGCUGCCAGCUCCCGCCCGCGCCGCCCCACACACCAUCCUCAAAGCCCCUACGACGGCGUUCCGCUCCGCACCAUCCCAUCAAUCAUCGACAGCGAUAGUACCAGCAUCUGUAUCAACCCGCCUGACAUCCUCAUGGUCCCACCCGCCGCGCGCCUUCCUGCAUCAACUCGCCUCCCACCGCCGGCAGAAAUCCGACCCCGAAACCGCAGAGAAGCCCGACCGCAACGUCUACAUGUCGUAUUGGCUAAGCAUGCUGGACGACGCGGCCCGCGGCGUAGCGAGGCGAACAGAUGUGAUGGGGGACGGCGCUGAGAAUGGACACGGUGCGGUGCACAUGGGGAUGGGGACCGAGCGAGGGAAGAGUUUGCAUGUGCAGGCGCAAGGAUGAUGGGGGAGUUCGUUCGUCCCCUUGGUUUCUUGGCUUCUUUGGGUUGAUUUUAUACCGAGUUGUUUGAGAAUGAGUUUUGGGACUAUCUUAAAACAAUUUUGCGUUAGUUUACUGUUACGGCGCUAUACCAGUAUAUAGUCCCUCUUGGCGUAGGCGCUAUGUAGAUACUACUUUUUUGGUCGGAAUUCGGAAACUUUAUAUGACCUCUCAGAAUACAAGUGCAGAAUGGUUUCGUUGAUGAUUUGUAGAGACAGUAGUAUGGGGUUGGAAUUGUAAAACGAGUCAUCGAGACAGCCCUCAAGCGGCGCGCGAGUAAAACAGUACGCACUACAUGAUUCAUUCUACCCCUUCUUCCCCUUCCCCUUCUUCGUAUUCGACCCA